AUGGAGCGGCAGCCUCUGAGACCCCCGUUCUCGCCUGGUGCCGCCCCCAGCGCCCAUGGCUCCAUCUCCACGGCCAUGGACUUGCUGCCCACAAUCGCGCGGACACCGGCUCACGACGCAUUCCUCACCGAAACCGACAUCGACACAUACCUGCACCGCGACCUGGACCUGUCCCGCCUGAACAAGAUCCACAGCCAUCUCUGGAUGGCCGGGCGGCCCAUGAACAGCCGCCCGCUGCACCGCCAGCGCAUGAUGGGCCUCGAGAUCUUCCCAACUGAGCAGUCUGACCUCCACCUCCUCAAAUUCUCAAACCGCAUCCUCAUCAAACCGCUCCCAGCCUACAUCUUCAGCCAUGACUUCUGGUCCAAACACCUCUGCGCGUCGAAAGAGCUACACGAAUCUGCCUCCGGCCUCCUGGUGUCCUAUAUCUGGCUCGUCUGCUCCCCCGUCGACCUCAGAACCGCCCAGGACGCCAACCUCCUCCCGUCCACCCUCGACUGGCCCGCCUGGAAGUCCUUUGUCCACGACGUCUUCAACCACAUCAACAUCAACGCCCUGGACACCGUCAACAAGCGCUAUCACUUUGGUGAACUCCGUCUCAGCCGCGUCAACACCAUCUACCGCGUCAAGUUCUUCUUCACGCACUUCAUCCGCGGCUAUCUGUACGGGUACAACCGCUACCAGGUCUUCUUUGAGCGCAAUUUCGGCUGGAUCCUGGUGGUCUUUGUGUAUUUCUCGCUGGUGUUGUCGGCCAUGCAGGUGGCGCUGGAUGUGCCGGGGUUGGGGGAUAAUAAGGAUUUCGUGAGAGCGACGUAUGGGUUUGUUAUCUUUUCCAUUGUCAUUGUGGCGUUUUUCUUGGGAGUGGUCGGGGUGAUCUUCGGCAUUAUAUUCUUUUAUAAUAUGGCUGCAGCUAUACAUGAUGACAGGCUGAAGCGGCUGCAAAGGAGGAAGUUGGCAAGUCAGACGAUUGCAGAUUCCUGA